AAACGCGGGAAAAACGGUCGUUGGUCGUCAGAAACCGGUUCAAAAACUCGUCGAAAAUCCGUUAAGUUGAAAGUUUUUGGGAAUUUUAUGAAUUAAAGUGACAUUGAUUUCUUCGUGUGAAAAAUGGUGAUAUCGAACAGAGAUUCCCCAGAGGCUACCGCAGCCACAACCAUUCAAGAAACCGAAACCGACUGCCGAUACGACGGCGAGACAGCCGAAUGCGAAAACCUGGUCGACCGAUUAGACGAAGACGAGGAUUCCUCCAGAGCUUCCCCCACUGCUGCCGAGGUGGUCAUCCCCCCAGACGGCGGAUGGGGGUGGAUGGUGGUGUUCGGCUCCUUCAUGUGCAACCUGGUGGUCGAUGGCGUCAUAUUCUCCUUCGGUACCAUGAUAGAGCCGAUUGCCGAGGAAUUCGAGGUGACCAACCCCAAUGUUUCGCUGGUGGGGUCUCUGAUGUCCGGGUUCUACCUGAUAGCGGGACCGUUCGUUAGCGCCAUUGCCAAUCGGUACGGGUUCAGAGUGGUUACCGUGGUCGGGGCUGUUUUGGCUGCCAUCGGAUUCGUCUUGUCGAACUUUGCUACCAGCGUACCGUUUCUGUGUUUCACUUAUGGAGUUCUUGGAGGAAUCGGCUUCGGCUUCAUCUACGCCCCGUCCAUCAUCACCAUCGGCUUCUACUUCGAGAAAUGGCGGCAAAUUGCGACAGGCAUCGCGGUGUGUGGCUCGGGCAUCGGCACGUUCGCCUUCGCGCCCAUCGGCAAACUGCUCAUCACGCACUCCGGUUGGAGGGGGGCGCUGCUGUGUCAGGCGGCUAUCACGCUCACUUGCGCCCUCUUCGGCGCUCUAUUCAGGCCCCUCAAAGCAACCAAACUGAAAGACAUAGAGCCAGAUACUGAGAAUUCGGAAAAAAUAAUGGACCCCUCCAAACUGCCAUUGGCCACCCGCCUGAAGAUGGAAGAGGCGAUGAAGCUGAUGAGAAAAGGCUCCUUGGACAACGACCACCAACACUCCAUCCCCAGACUCUUCGGUGUCAAAAACAACUCUGACUACCCCACCAUCUCUGACGUUUACCACACCAUCAGCAUCCCCAACAGACAGACAGCUGAUAAAGUGAAGAGGCUUAGCGUACCCUUCAUCCCAGAAGCCCAAAGGUUCCAGAAGAAAAUACCCCUGCUCGACAUAGACCGAACCAAGCCGCUCGUCCUCCCGAAACGAUCACGAACCACCUCGGAGACCAAAGACCCCCGCGAAGUAGUGAGGCCCCUCUACAGAGAUGACAUCUUCUUUGGCGCCAGCCUCGCCAGGCUACCCCAGUACACCUCCAGGACCUCCGUGGAGUACAACCUGGCGAUAACGAGGCUGCCGACGAAAAACGACGUGGAAGAAGAGGUCGGGCCAGCGUGCCAACUGUGCCCCGAGGCCUUCAGACGGGUCCUGGGCACCAUGCUGGACGUCAGCCUGAUGAAGUCUCACUCCUUUCUGAUCCUGGCAGUCGGGGGCUUCUUCACCAUGAUGGGGUUCUUCGUGCCUUACAUGUACUUGGUAGACAGAGCGGGGAAGAGCGGGAUAGACAAUAUGACGGCCGUUUGGCUGGUGGCUACUAUCGGAAUCGCUAAUACCGUGGGGAGGAUCAUGUACGGGGUGAUCACUUCGUUUCCUUGCGUUGAUGCGCUGUUCGUUAAUAAUGUGGCGUUGACCAUUGGAGGGUUGGCUACGAUGUUCAGCGGGCUGUCGAUGAGCGUGGAGUACCAGUUCGCGUACUGCGUGGUGUUCGGACUUUGCAUAUCAUGUUUCGCAUCUCUAAGAUCCAUCAUCGUCGUCGAUCUAUUGGGCUUGGAAAAUCUGACGAACGCCUUCGGCCUCCUUCUUCUGUUCCAAGGAAUCGCCGCAAUAAUCGGCGCCCCAUUAGCAGGCGCCUUCAUGCAGGCCACCGGAAGUCACAACGCGUGUUUCUACUUGUCCGGUGGCAUGAUUUUUCUCUCUGCCGUCAUGUGUUAUCCUCUGAACUGGGUGAACAGGCGAGAAAAGAAAAGGAACGAGAUCAGGACCCGAGAGGAGCGCUCAGCGUAAAUAAUCUGGAUACGUCCACACACUGCCGGACAAGAGCAAUUACUGCUAUUCCUGGUGCUGAUGUACUAGUCAAUGUCAGAAUGACACAUCAUUGUGAUAUUAUGAUAUUGAUACUAGAUAAUCAUACGAUAUAUUUAUUCGGCAGAGAUUUAACCUUACUGUAACAAUGUCACAGCAAUGUGAUAUUGUGACCUGAACAUCAUUGUGAUGUAAAUCGAAUAUUUAGAACCGGCCGUAUGAUUUUUGAUUUUUUAAUUACAUUCUUCUUGUAAUUUUUGAAUCGCUGCAUAAUUUCAACAUCUUAUGCAGGUAUUCGAUAUUGAUGUCAAUGUAACAUGAACAUAUCGUGAAUAAUAAUUGUUUUAUUAUUCAAAUAUCCAUUUCUCACCUCGACAUUUUUAAUGAAUAUUUUGUAAAUAGAAAAAAAUUACGUACCUAUAUAAUGCGAAUAUCGACUAGCUCAAUAAUUAACGACAAUAUUUCGAAAUAAUGACAUUUUUGUUUUAUCAAUAAUUUAUCGAAUACCUCGUUGUAUAUAUAGGUUCAGAUUUUUAUUAGCCAAAUUUUAAAUGUUAGGUCAAUAAAAGACUGAUAUAGUAUAAGUUAUUAGGAUAAUAGUUUUGCCAUUAUAUGUUAAAGUUAUAUUAUAUACCAUAUACCUAACUGAAUAAUUAUAUUUAUAAUUGAUGACAAUUAAAGUAAGA